GAGGAAUGCUGGAAGGCGGGGCUCCGGAUAACCAGGUGUUAGGACAGAGAUCGCAGCUCUGCUGUGCUUUUAUCGUUCUGCUGUAAUAACACAUCAGCCUUAACUGGCAGUCAGCCGCACUCUAUUUAAGCUGUGUGAGUGUAUAGGCUGCGUGUGUGUGUGUUUGUGUGUGAGAGAGAAAGAGAGUCACCGCUGGUGCAAAGCCGCCGUCUUCUAUUCACGACGUGUUCCUGCAGAGAGGAACGUUUUUUUUUUCUUACGGAAGUUGAACAGCUUCACUUUGAAGAUUUUGUUUAUUUUUAUUUAAGUCGAUACAAUGUUACUGAAGAGCGGUGUGUUUGUAGUGUUGCUCGCCGGCUUGCUGUUCGCUGGAGCCGAUGACCCUGAGACGGAGAAACAUGUCGCCGAGUUAGAGGUGGAAACACUGGAAAAGCCAGAGACAUGCACAGUAACAUCAGUGAUGGGGGACACGCUUCAGAUUCAUUACACGGGGCGGCUCAUGGACGGGAAGGUGAUAGACUCCUCUUUGUCCCGUGAUCCACUGGUGGUCGAACUCGGGAAGCGAACUGUCAUCUCAGGUCUAGAACAAGCCCUGAUUGGUGUCUGUGAAGGGCAAAAAAUCAAGGCCACAAUUCCUGCACAUCUAGCAUAUGGAAAAAGAGGAUACCCACCAACUAUCCCAGGUGACUCUGCUCUGGAGUUUGAGGUGGAGGUGAUCUCCAUGGUGCAGCAGACGCCCUGGCAGAAGCUGGUGAACGACGUCUUUCCUCUUGUGUGCCUGGCAUUGGUUCCCACCUUACUGGGAUUGGUGGGUCUCUACCUCUACAAGAAGGCCAGCGCACAACCACAAGGCAAGAAGAAGAGCAAGGACAAGAAGAGCAAGAAGAAAUAAAAAAGGACAUCAAAAGAACAAUAAACUAUUUAAAUAAAAAAAUUGAGAAAAAUGUGGAAAAGUGUUGUCUGGAGUGGCAUCUUUAUAGCACUGGUGUUUAUGUGUUAUAUUUCUUGUUUAUCUUGUAUUACAGUGUUAUCCAAAUAUUGAAGGUGAAGAAAAAAUGAAGUUUACAUCGUA